AAAAGAUGGGAGUCUGUUCUGGCAAACAACCACAGAAAAAAUAGGUUUCUCAACCCAAACAGAUUGUGUAAGUUCAAUCGUCAAAGUAAAAUAUUCUUGCCAUUUGGAAUGAUCUCAAUUAGUGUCUUAAUCUUGUUGACAAAAAUGUCGAUAAUGAAAAAACUAUCGCCAAAAUCAAAACUCUUUUCCAAACCAAAGGAACUAUAGAAGAAAUGAUUGUAAGUCAGAGUAAAAGGGGAGGCAGGAAUCUCAAUUAAGAUCCCUUAUAAGACACUGCCUUCCAAUAUAACCUUUAUUUAUAAGUAGACAAAAUAAAUAGAAUUCUUUCCGAUUAUCUUCUUAUUGACAGAGCAUUCGAAGAUAGAAACAAUCAAUUCUUCGAUAAUUUGCAACAAAGUAUCGACAACAUCGAGCAAUAUCGACAAUCGAUCAAGACGAAGCAAGGGAUCUGGAAAUAAAACCAAAGUACCAAUUUUAGUAAUACAAAUGUGUAUUGAACAACAAGGUAUUUAAUUAAUUGACG